AUGAAAAUUACUGGCCCCGUUCCUAAUUGCCGGGCUUUGCUAACAUCAAUAUACAACGAGUUACCAGCAAAGGGACAUAAGCUAACUGAGGCGCAGAUUGUGGAGCAAUGCCAAACAAAUUUCUUGAUGCGAGCUUGGAUGUGCUAUUGCCAACUCGUCAUGGUCUAUUUUUACGUGCACAAAAACAGGAACAACUCGCAAUGGUUGGAGAUUGAUGAGCGUUUAGGUAUUCUGCAAGGAUCAUUGGCUGCAUUCCAAGAACACCACUUGAUCCUAAUUGUCUUGAACAAAGACUUUGAGCUGUUUUCUCACAAAUACGAGUACAAGAACAUGGGCAACAGUGACUUCACCGCGCCAAAACUUGAAGAGGUCCAAGCUUUGGUGAACACUGGAGUGACCCCUUCAAUCAUUCAAUAG